AUGGAUAUCAACAGUGGCAACUUCUCAGAAGAAGUCCUCAAAAUUAUUCAGCAUGUCGCCGACAGCCGUUUCAUCGCCCUUGAUCUGGAGUUCUCGGGUGUCUCUGGAAGGAGGCCUGGGGGUCGCUCGGGCAAGCUUGAUUUACACGAGUAUUAUCAUGACCUGAGAUCGGCGGCACAGAUCUACCAGGUCUUACAGGUCGGUUUGACUAUUGUGAGCGAGGAUGUCGAGAAAGCAAUCUCUUUCCUGCUACGCAAUGGAUUUAGCAUCGACAAACCCAUCCUACAGGGUAUUCAUUAUCUUUCUCGGCAAGAGGAGGAUCAAGUGCGCAAGAGAUUGACUGAAGACGAACAAAUGAAAUCGAAUAUAUCCGACAUGACACUCAAGGAAGAAGACUCACCCCUGGUAGAACAUAUCAAACAGUCGAUUGAUGAGUGGCAGACCUUACCCAAGGACAAGCAAGAAACCUAUCUCAAUAUUCCCACAGAAGACGCCGAGGAGCCCAUACCUUCCAUACUGAAUCGCUAUCAGAUUCGAUUGACCCACCAGAUCGUCAGGAACGAAUAUCCAAACCUAAAAACCCAAGGAAUGGGUCAUUUUGUCCAAAUCACCAAUCCUACAUUCAAACAGCAGGCCAACGAGAGAAAAGAGCGUGAGAAAAGACGCGAGGCAGAGAUAGCGAAUGCUAUCGGACUCCGCUGGAUCUUGGAAGCCAUCAUCGGCGGCGACAUCACUAAACUUCCACAUUACUACGUGAUAGCAGGGUUUCCCCCGGAAGAUCAACCCAAGGACGUGCAGGCUCUUCUCAACCAGCUCCAGAAGAAAUUGCAAAGCCAGUCCCGAGCUCUUGUCGGCCACAACUGCUUGACAGAUGUCAUGAAUCUGUAUCGGUGUUUCAUCGGCGACCUCCCGGAGAAAGUGGAGGACUUCCGUGCAAGGCUCCAGGAACUGUUUCCCGUCAUCAUCGACACCAAAUACGUUGCAGGUCUGGGCAGCAAGCGAUGGGCGGACACGUCCCUUAAGGCUGUUGAGAGCGACUUGGCUUCUGUGGUACUACCUGACAUACAUUUGCCACUCAAUUUCGACCGCUAUCUUUACGCUGCCAAUUAUCAUGAGGCUGGAUUCGAUAGCUUUGUGACGGCUAAGAUUGGGCUGAAGCUGCCUGCCAAGCUGAAAAGAGAGCAAAAGGAUGUUGAAUCUCUGGUCAAGGGCUCUGGUGGUAUAACACAGGAGAGUGCAAGCGGUAUAUCGGGAAAAGGUGCCGAUCAGCCAGCGAAAGAAACCAAGGCAGGACAAGAUGGCCACAUGCAAGGCAUGACACAAACGCUCGUCAGCAUCAUCAAGUCUCCGGUAAGCACGGUUACAUCUAUCUUGACACAAACACCAGAUACGGUCGACCAAGGUUCCACCAUAUCUAUGGCAGCCAGGUCACCACCCAGUGAAAUGGACCAGAAAAUGGCCAGCACCAGAGUUGUUGUGGCCAGGGAGAAAUCAAAGCCGGCUUUGGGGUCCAAAGGCGAGCUCCAGAAACUAAGGAUAAUGUCGAAGAGAGCCAACAUCUUCGACAUUCUUGAAGACGACGAUACGGAAAUCUCAGAGGAGCAACUCAAAAUCAAUCAACAGCGGAGAAUUGCAGACUUGGUGGAACAAGGUCGACUGUUACCGAGAUGGGAAGAGGAUGCAGCGUUUUGGCAGCUGAUCAGCAACAAGUUGCAGGCAAAUGCAACCCAAGAAGGCAUACUGGAUCUUACGAAGCAUUGA